ACUGCAAAGUGGUUGGAGGAAACCAGCUAAGGAAAGUGAUACCAUUAUGGCGGAAGAGAGUUCCAUUCAUAAGCGGGACAACUGGCAGUGUUGUAAUACUGGAAUUUUGAGCUUUUUAAUCUGACGAAGGCUCUGAGAAUAUGAUAAAGAAAAUGAACGGAAUUCAUGGCUGAUGUUCGCCAUAGGAAAACACAAAGCAUUGGAAAGGAAAUGAUCAGAUGUGCGGAUAAAGCACUGGUGGUUGUAAAUUCCUGGUAAAGCCCCUGCUCAGUGUGAGCUGUCACAAUUGAGCAUUUCCCAUUCCUUCCUGGAUUAUCGGAAUAUAAUACGGUACUUGACUUGGAAGGAAUCCUCGAACAUGCGCAACAAAGGGGACAAUUGUCAGAUGGCUUUCUCACCCAAAGAGUCGCCAAUCUAUGGUGGCAGUCAGAUGGUGGUUGUAUUCUCUGAGACGGGUGACCUUCCCAGUGAAGAUGCAGAGAUCUUCUUAGUGUUUCAGGGAACCAAGUCUAGGCAUGUCACUGUAGCUCGCAGAUUGGACCACAGCUCUGUGAAAGCUAUCAUUCCAGGGCACGACUGCUUUGAGUCAGUUCAUCUCUCCUGCUACAGUUCCCUAGAUGGCGCUGUGGAGCUCUUGUCAGAAGGUGCCUUCAGCUACAUCCAGGAUUCCACCUAUUUCCUGGCCCACUACCUCGCCUCUAGUGUCUGUGACUUGACGGCCUUGCAGAAUCCCUCCUCCAUCAAGUCGGACCGCUUCAACUUGUGGGAGGAGGAUAUGUCUACCCUGGAUGAGCGGCUGACAGCUGCCUUUGAACACCAGGAUCUCUCGCCCAGCUGGCGAUUAGUGGAGGACCCAUCCAGGCUAGACCAAGAUCCACCACCAAGAGAGACGCUGCUUCACUUUGCCACCCGCUUCAAUCUGCCGCAGUUUGCCGAGUAUCUUUUGGACAAGCCUGGUAGUGAUGUCGCCUUGAGAAUACCCAAUCAGAACGGGGAAUUGGCUGUUACCCUGGCGAGGUCACAUGGCUUGAAUGACUUGGCUGAUCGUAUGGAUGAGCACAGCUUCAGUGGUAGUUCACAUCACCCUACAGACCUUAGCCGAGUCCAAAGCAAAUCUGUGACGGUGAAGCGGCACGAUAUUGGCACGGCAACCAUCACCUCCAGCACGUCAGAGGCGUCUCGUUCACUGGAAGGUGAUAUUCAAAUGCUAAGAGAUUUAGUCAGCUUCAUGGGGGAAGAAGCAGAAAGUCCACCAGCCAGAUCAACGGGUGACCCACCUAGUCCUGACUGCUUCACAGUGGGUAGUCUACCAGCGAGAUUACCCUCGGAAAUGCUAUCAUCGAGAGCACCCUCACAACAGUCCAGUCAACAGUACUUCUCAGCAGCUGAUGAUGACUUGAAUGACAGAGGAGAUGAUGAGGAGGAUGAAGAUGAAGACGACGAGGAGGAGACGAGGAGACCAGAUGACAUUCCUGAGGAGCCAGUACUAGAAGAGAGCAUGGCGCAUCUUCACUUACUCAACACCAAAGUUCAAAGGUUACGGGCCAGCAAUAAAGAGUAUCUGACCACAGAGGAUGCAAGAAGGGAAUCUUUGUCAAGAUUUAGUUCAUCUUGCCCAGUGCUAGCCGACGACAAUGAAAAAAUACAUAUUCCACGAAUUGUGUUGACUCCGCCUCCAUACAUGCACAUUUUAGACAUUCCAAUGAGAGAGCAAGCCACAGAACGCUACCUCCCAAGUGAUGAAGAGGCAGAGCAAGAGGAGGAGGAGGAAGAGGAGGGGGAGGAACAGCAGGUCCCCUCCACCCAUCCCCCAUCUGACAGUCCCCUGCUGGCCAAUGAUGAGUCCUCAUCCUUCCAGGAGGAGUUUACCGAGGAUGUGCCGGGAAUAGAGGAGGGCCCCCCAUCGGCCCAGGAAAGGCCUGCAAGCCAGCCCGUCGAGAUCCACUUGAAUGACGUCAGCGUGAGCGACAGUAGUAGGACUGAGGUUGCGGCCCCAGGUCAGGUGUCACCAUCCAGGUUAGAGGGAAGCAGUUCCCCAGACGAAUCAUCUGAGGACCUCUUGGAGCCAGAGGAGAAGGUGCGUCGUCACAGCUGGGGACCAGACCCUAACGACGAGGUUAUCAGCCCCUCUCAGGAGUCCCAAGUAUUGGAAGGACUGCCCCUGGCUUUGGCCCCAAGAAGUAAAAGCAUGGGCAAUCUGGAUGUCAACAGUGAGGAGGAAUUCCACGAUGCCAAAGAUAUUCUAACUCCAAAGUCCUCAAAAGCAUCUGUGGAGCUAUCACCAGAUCAAGGUCCAAGUGCCACGUCGUCACCGAUUGACUCGAGGGAUCCUGAAGUACAGACUGAGUCCGCUGACGUGAUUGUGGAUGAGAAGCUUGAUCUGAGCUCGAGUGAGUUAGACGUCACCGCCAUCUUGCCACCAGACAAUGCCCCCACGCUCCCAACCCAAGCCGAGAUUGAUGCUGUCCCACGCAGAAAGAAAAAAGAGGAUGGCCUGAGUCAGAACCGUCCUCGGCAAGCCAACUCUAUGUUUGUCACCCCAAGGACGGAGGAUUACGAGGGGGAGCCGGUAGGCGAGGAAUUACCCCUCACGCCGGAAGAGCCUGAACUGCCCAAUUCACCCCAAAGUGCACCGCCGAUAGUCAUGCUCACUCUAACCUCUCCGAAGUCUCGCCAUCCAAUCCAAUCCGUGGUGGAGACAGACAGCGACUCGGACAACAGUCGUGAUUCCGACGUGGACGAUGCACAGCGGCAGCAGCUGACCGCCGCUAAGCAAAGGAAGGCUCGACUGUCACUGACGGAGUUCCUGAGUGACCCCAGGAACUUUCAGGACGAUCAGGUGCAGAAGGUUGAACAGCAACAGCUGCAGCAACAACAGCAGCAACUACAGCAGGAGCAGUUGCCUCAAAGUAGAGUGUCUGCUUUAGCAAGCAGUGAGAUGGAGUCAAGUAAGAUGAUUAGAAGGUUCAGCUUCCUAAAGAAAACCAAAAAUAAGAAAGAGGACAAAGACAAGAGAGAGAAAGACAAAGAGAAGAGAAAGCACCAGUUUGUGGGCGUUUCCUUCUCUAACUCCACUAAGUGUGAUUACUGUGAAAAGUCCCUGGCCAACAGAGACUCACUGCAGUGCUCAGUCUGUUUUGUAAAUGUCCACAACAAUUCUUGCAAGGAUCAUGUGCAAGGUUGUGCAAAGCUCACUAAACACCACAAACAGGUCUCUAAGUCUGUGAGCAGUUUGUCUCGGGAUCGUCUCUCCACCAUCAUUCCAAGCAGACCAGGCAGUACUCGUGAGUCUGGUGUGGCUCAUACACAGUCCCUGAGGGAACCCACAAAAAUGAGACCAGCAUCUUCGGGACCCCAGUGCAAUGGGAGGGGGGAUUUUUCUGUAACAUAUUCUUGUUUGCUAAUCCUGUCAAACUUAACCGUGUUAUCAUGUGACCACACUCAUUUGCCCUGUGCACACCUGGACACCAGUACGGACACUGGACGUUGGCAUUGGCAUCGUGUGGCUGUAAAGUUAGGGGUCAAGACAAUUGAGGAAAGUGAAGAAAUUGAGGAAUCCACAGAUAGCACGUCUAAGCCCAGUAGCCUCAGCAACAACAACAUCUCUAUGUCCAUGGAGUCGUUAGAUGAAGUCUCAGCUGUAACUCUGGAAUUUGAUGAGGAUGAGGAUCUGGUCUCGAGAGGAACGGAGCCAGAAUCUUGGAGUGUUACAGCAGAGAAGAAGGUUUUGAAAAAGAUGAGUCACAAAGAAAUCAAACGACAGGAUGUGAUAUUUGAAUUCAUUAAAACUGAAAAGCACCAUAUGAGAACACUGAAGAUCAUGCAAAAGAUUUUCAGCUUUGGGAUGCAGAAUGAGCUGAAGAUGGACCAGACCAUCAUCAACAAAGUCUUCCCCUCCCUGGAAGAGCUGGUGCAGAUUGCUGUCCAGUUCAACGAGGCCUUGCAGGCCAAACAGAGGACCGGUCAACCGGUAGAGACGAUAGGUGAUGUCUUGGUCAAUCAGUUUGACAAAGAGAACGGGAAGCGAAUGAUGGAAGCCUAUGCCUUCCUGUGCAGUCGGCAGAUUGAGGCUGUAGCACUCUAUAAGGAGUUGUAUAAGACAGACAGGAAGUUCCAGGCAUUUAUUAAGAAAUGUAGUACCAAUGCCCUUUGCAGACGGUGGUCCAUUCCAGAGUGCAUACUGAGUGUUACUAACAGACUCACCAAGUACCAUCUACUUAUAGGAGCCAUUAUCAAACCUUCCAAAGGUACCAAAGUGGACAAAAGUGAAAUCCCAAACCUCCAGAAAGCAUUGCAGCUUAUCAAAAACAUAUGCCAAGAUGUGAAUGUUCAGGUCAAAGAGUACGAACGACACCAGAGACUGAUGGAAAUCUAUAACAAGCUGGAGGCUAGGUCCACAGGCAUCCUGAAAAGUGGCAAGAAAUUCAAGAAAUCAGACCUGUUGUCCAGCAAUCGAAAGCUGAGGCAUGAAGGGGAGCUGAAGUGGAAGUCAGCUAGGGGACGGCUGACAGAAGUCGUUGCCGUUGUGCUCAGCGAUGUCAUCAUCUUCCUUCAGGAAAACAACCAGAAAUACACCUUUGCCUCCCAGGAUAACAAGCCACCUGUGAUCAACCUGUACAAGCUUAUGGUGCGGGAUGUGGCCAUUGACAAGUGCAGCAUGUACCUGAUCAGUCCCAACAAGAUUGCACCUGAGAUGUAUGAGGUCAACUGUGACACUCCAGAAAAAAGAAAACGUUGGAAGGAAAUCCUGGAACAGGCCAUCCAUGACUGUCCUGAUGAAGAUGAAGGUGUAGGAGAAGAUGCAGAGACAGAUGAAGAGAAGCGUGCUGCAGAGGCAAGAGCCGCUAAGAUCAAGAAACUGCUUGAACAAAUGCAAGAGAAGGACAACCAGUUGAAUGAGAUCAUGGAGGAGAAAGCUAAGCUAGUAGAGGAAUUGAAGGACACACUCAGCAAAGAUGAUGCCUUGGGAACCUUGAAAUCAUCUGUGAUAGUUGAUAGCGACGCUCAGAUGCAGGAAGCUAAACAGAUUCUGCUGGCUGCCAUAGCUGAAGCACAUCGCCUUACCACAGCAGUCUACAGUGCUGGGGUGGGGUUGACUCGUAGUGCUAGCAGCGCUGGUGAACGAGAAAGCGGCUUAUUCCAAGCCCCUGCCCUACCAAAACGUGCUGAAACCUUUGGUGGCUUUGACAAACAGCAAGGUGCUGUGGCCAAGAAGCGUUUUGUUGCCAGCACCAGGGAGACAGACAACCGCAGUUACAGCUUCCCUGACUUGGCCAAGGCUGAGGGGAAGCUUACGGAUGAGUCGGACAGUCACCACCCUGCUCAGCAAGGCUCUGACCCUAACCUGUUGUCUGAUAGCUAUCAGGACAGGCUACACAUGCAUGGGAAGGAGCCAGGGAGUCAGGACAGGUUCUCAGACAACUCCAGCCGACUGACUGUGGACAGCUUCAGCUCCACGAGUGAGGACAUACCAGAGGGCAUGUUGAAAGACGAUAAAACUGCUGUCACACCGGACCAUGUAGUUAGCGUCAACCACCUCCUGAAACAUCUCAACUCCCUCUUGUCGAUUACAUCCAAGAAAGAAACGGCUUAUGAAAGCAUGAGAUCACAGUUGCUGGAAGCGAACAAGAGGAUUGAAUCACUGGGUGGAGUUGUUCCCAAGCCCCGCGCUAAAGCUUACUCCAUGGGUACACAAGGGUUGGCCUCACUACCAAAACGAGGGGACAAGGGACGGAGCAGCAGUACAACUUCAGAUAAAAAUCUGGACUCUAAGGAUGGUAAAGGGAGGACGCCUGACACCAAAGAUAGGAGUAAACGAGAGUCAGUUGGGGAAGGGAAGCCCUAUGAGCCUCCUUUUAGUGGUGUGAAGGCCUCAGACCAAAGCCUUAGGAGAAUAGCCUUUGGAGACAUAUCCUAUAAUGAGAACAGCACCCAUGCUGGUCAUGGGGCACAGGCUGAGAGCCCCAAGUCCAUCAUGAAGCACCGAGGGAUGAGCGACAGCAGAGCGCCCAGUGAACCACCAUCAUCAUUCUUGUCAUCCUCCUCCUCAUUGUCCCCAGAGAAGACUGUCGGCGGCAGGAGGCGGGAUGCAGUGCCGGAGCACCUGCUGAGUGCCACCAACGAGCUGCAGGGAUCCAGCGGGCUGGUCCAGCAGCAGCUCCCCUUGAAGCUCUCUUCGUUGGCUUCCAUCCAGCCCUCCUCUUCCUCCUCUAACAAACCUCAGCAGAUGAUCCCCACAAAACUCUCAUCUCUUGCCUCGUCAGCGAAGAGCUCAUCCCCUGCAAUGACACGCAAUGGGAACCGGAUGUCCACGGGGUCCUCCAAAUCCAACCAGGGAUCCAGCAAAAUGAACAAUAAGCAGGGCAAGGAGCAGAACAUCAUAUUUUUCUGAGGAGGCUGACCAUUCCAACUGACUGGUUGUCCACUGAGGUGAGAGACAUUUCAGUCCUGGCAAUAACGUCAAAAUUGCUGCGGGAACUCUGGACAUCAUUUUCUCCAGGAGAUUUUUUAGUGCAGUAUGCUUGCUUACCGUGGUGCGGCUGUAUAUAAGGAAGCCACCUAAUGUUGCUUGUCCAAUAUUGCUAUGGAGAAAGUGGACAAUUUGAGAGUGUAAAAAAUUUAAAGAACUGUACAGUUUAAUAAUCAAGAGAUGGUGUGUGUGAUGCAUUGAGGGUAGACCAAGUUCAGAAACCACAAAAUUUAAACUGCAAAUAAUUCUUGUGAAUAUUGAAGUAUGUACAAAACAGGAGAAAACAGAUACCAGCCGUUCCACUAUUUUUAGGUGCAGAAUUUGUACUACUAUUAACGGGCCAGAAUAUCUAUAUAAUAUUCCGAUUUUCUUGAAGUUUGCAAUGUAGGUUGUAGUGCCUAUUCAAGAGAACAAAUGUGUAAAUUAUGAGUGGAGUAUUUGUUUGCAAGCGUGUUUGUUGUGCCAGUUAGUUUGUACAUCUGUUUGGUUUCUUCGGGGGAGGGGGUGUUUGCUCGUAGCAACUGCCUAAGCAUACCAGUAGAUGGGUUCAUGAAUUGGUGAGUUUUUAACUCUCGGAGUAAAUUUUGAAAAAUAUGUAAGUCUGAAAUACAAUAUUGACUUUUGUGAAAGGGCAUGCUUUUCCUGUUGGUACAUACGCAUAGCUGUUUUGUGAAUUUCAUUUGAUUUAGGUUUUUGGUCAAAUUUUGUUUUCCAAUUUUUAGACCUAUCAAAGGAAACCUAAGUUGAUCUUAAAUGAGUGAUGUCCAGUUUUUCAAGUUACUUGGCGCUUUAGGCCCUCAGCAAAACUCAGUAUAUAUCUUUGGCCAAAGUAUUUUCUAAUAUGUCUGGUACCAUGCUCAUAUUGCACUUUAAUCCUAAAUUCAAUGAUUUAGUCAGCUUCUACCUAGUCAAUAAAGUUUGCAGUCCAUUGUGCCUGAUAAGCAGAUAUUUGUUUCAUUUCAACUUGUGAGAAUCCUACAAAUGUCACCAUUGUUCUGAGCAUUUUGAGCAAAGUAUUACAACUUUUGACUGCUUUAAGUAGUCUUGUAAAACUAGCCUUCCAUGGUGAUCCAUUUUAUUUUUAUAGAUUCAAGUUAAAGCCACAGGGGAAAAAUGUUCCACUCGUAAAAGCAGUCAGCAUUUGUUCUUUGGAGGCCAUCACCAUAGAUUUCUGUAAAGUUUAAAAAAGUAUUUGACUAGUAAUUAAAAGCCCAACUCAUUUCAGUUCAAGUGGUAUAAAUGAGAAAUUCCUUUGCAGUUUGCCAAACUUGAUGAAAAUAUUUGCUUCAAGCUACAUAUUAUGAGCUGGCAUGGGCAUACAUAUGAAACUAUUGCAGAUGGCUCUGAACCUUUCAGACUGAGACUGUCUUGGUCAUUUUUAUUUUGAGUGUACAAUAGAAUAACAAAUUCAUCCGAUUUGCUCUCAGCCAAUCAAAACAGAAUCUUUGGGUGCGGUGUUUGAAAAGCCUUAGGCAAGAAUAAUUGUAAAAAGCACCUUGUUGUCCAGAGUGUAGAUAAGAAAAUGUUCAGAGAAACAAACUUCUAUUUUUGAUACAUAAUUGUAUAAGGAUACCUGGAUGAGUCCCUUCAGAUACUUUGUGUAUGCAUUCUUGAUUAUAUUCCCUCCAAUGCAACAACAGCAGCAGAACAAAACAUUGGAAGUGUGCUGUAAAAACUUUCAGCAUUGAAGUGUGGCAGCAUUCAGUAAUUUAAAGUUGCAUGAUGGAAACAAAAUGGGAAUGUUUUGGAGACAGUGUAGUCCUUUCUUUUCUGCAUCAGAGCUGAACUCUGCCAACCUCGGCGUGGGUAGCUGCCUUGAUAAGAAAGAAAUGAAUGACUCGGGUACUAGCAUGUUGUACAUUGUGUAUAAUUACUCAUCACUAUACAACCACAACGAUGCCAAAAUGACAUUGCAGAUUCAACCCCUUGGACUACAGUAGGUGUGCCAUUGUGGUAAAAACUGUUAGCGUACCUACUUUGACAUCCUGAGUAGAAAUUCAAAUUCAGGCACAGGAAAUUGCAGUACGCACUUUGCACUCAACGUUUAUAAAGAAAAGAAAGGUCUAUACAGCAUACAGUACUAGUAAAACAUAGGUUUAACAGUGGGCAAAGAACAAAGAUCGUGUAAUGCUGCGUAGCGGCACAAGAUUGAGAACUUCACCGUGAAUACGUGUAAAACGUAAUCUUAUGGGCACCAUUUGAGCAAGCGAUGCACCUGCACAGUGCACAUUAAUGCACAGGCGCUGCGACAGGCGCACACACCUUGUGCGCCUGAGUUUAUGCAUCAACAUGCACUGUGCAGGUGUAUUGCUUGCCCAGACUGCGUCCAUGGUGAUUACACCUUUUGGGCAGAGUUCUCCAUCUUACGCUGCUAUGUGGCACUAUACAAUCUUUGGCAAAGAGUUUAAGCCCAGCCAAAAAUGGCGGGGAAAGUAUUAAAUAGCAAUGUAUGCUGAAUCAGUUGAACCAGAUUCUCCACUGAUGCAAUGAAGUAACUGAUGGAGAUGGGCACUGGAGAAAUGUUACAUUUUGUCUAUUGUUUCUGCCCACCAUUUGUAACCUGUCUGUCCAAAUGCCACUGUUUGAAGUGUACACUGAAUGUAAAAUUCAGUUUUAAGGCCAGAAUGUUAGUACCUGAUCAACACUAAACUUGGGGCACAAGAAGUCUUCUCGCCAAAAAUCCAUUUUUCCUUUGCAAACAGACAAAAGCAAAAGUUAAGGAAUACUUGAUCCUAUAAACAGGCCCUCACUAUAAAAAUAGUUUACUGUCUUUGUGUAUCUAAAGAAUUGUAACUUUCUGUAUAUGCAGAAAGGCAGUGUGCUACUUGAGAUUUUAUUUAGAAUUAAUUUAAUUGCGCAGAUAGCUCAAUGGUGUACAAUAUUUAUAUUAAAGAUGUGACUGAUCUUUUUUUAAGCCAGACUUAUGGAGAAGCAAAUUUUAGUCAUGCAGUUUGGUCUGCAACUGACAAGAGGUAUUGAACUUGGUUAUUUUGACCCUUAAAACGAUUUUCAAAAAGCACUGUAUUUUAGAACCAUUUGUUAUUAUUAGGAAAACUAAUAGAAAUCUUCAGCUCACACUUUGCCUUUGAAUACAUGUACUUUGAAUACCAGGCUUCCAGCAAUUUCUAGACAUCUUGGUGAACAGUUCGAUUGAGCAGUUGGAAAGAGUAACUCUUAUCCCAAAUUUGACAAAAUAAGAACUGGGCGAGGUCUUGCAAAGUAGUAAAUUACACCAAAGUGCCAAAGUUGCUUUUUUCAGAUUGCAUGUUGAAACUGAGUCUAGAGAUGUCGUAAGAGAUUUGGAAUCUGUUUCAAAAAGAUAUCCAAACAAUCGUUUCUUCAUGAAAAGCAUUGGUUGGUUUUUUUUUAAACCUGUUCCCAUUAGUAAUAUUCUAAGGAAAAACUUCCAAGUUUCAUAAGUUUUAUUCGGACUAUUCAAGUCCUUGUGUGCAUGCUGAAAUGUACAUAGGAGUAUGGAGAAAUCUCCAGUGUUUGAUGAAAAUUUCCCUCCAAAAAUCUUUCAGAAUUUCGUCACUAACCCCAUAGAAAUCAUGAUAAAGGAAUACUGUAAUCUUUCUCAUUAAACAGGCAUUGCUUUAUCAGUAUUAUAAUUUUAGCUGCUGCUGGAAGAGCCACGGAUAGUUGAUCCUACUCUUCAAGAAACUUCACCGAGGUAUCCUUAAAUGAGUCCCAAUCACAUUGAACUUAUUGCCAGACAUCCUGAAAGAGAAAGAAAAACAUGACUUAUUUGGUUUUCUGCAGGUACAUUUGUGCACAAAAUCUGCUCCAUUCCAGUUUUAUUGCCAGAUCUUGGCAUACUAGAAGUAGUGGCAGUCCAGUGCUGUUGGUAUUUUUAAUUUUCACUUGUGUUUGUUAUGUGGUAUCCAAAUUCAAGAGCCAUAAGGUGAUAUUCCAAAGUCAUUCUUUGACUUUUUAGGUUUAUUUGUGUGAAAACUAUGGUGUGAUGAUUGUUGGAAACUUUUAAAAACAUUCAGCUUGUGAUAAAUUGUAUUUUCUUUUACAAACAGCAACAACAUUCUAAUAGUUUCCCAAAUUAAAUCAUGUUUAAAACUCGCAGACCAAUGUUUUGGUUUGUUUUUGUAAUCUUGGAUUUAGUCUGCUCGAAUAUAUAAUUUGCCAUGGGUUUUUUUUGUUUGAAGUGAUUGUACAUGUGUAAAUCUUAUUUAUUACUGAUUUUUGUUUUAAAAUAAAAGUUCCAAACAGUCCCCUUCCCUGUACUGAUUUUAUAAACUGCACCAGGUUUGAAAGUAAAUACUUAACAAAUGUGAUGCUUUGUACACCUGGGUAUGAGGUUGAGAAUAGCCUGUUGGCUAGUAAUAUUGCGGUAAUUAAGUUAGUUAUUUCCUAACUAGGAAAAAUCACCACACAAAAAAUAAAUGAAAAUUUGCAAAGAAAACUUUACAAAAUAA